AUGCAAAUAAAAGGAAUAGAAUUCGCCCCGGCGUUCGUGCCGCUCGUCCGGAGGUACGAGACGCUCGCGGCGUUCGUCUGGACGUACAUAAUCUUGUUCGGACCGAUCACCGGCUGGUCCGUCCUUUUGUACGUAAUAAUCGACACGCGGUACACGUGGCUGGGAAUCGCGUACCUGUUGUGGAUUUGCAUCGACCGACCCGUCGGGUGUUCGACCACGUUGAGGUAAAACGGAAAACGCGUACGAUCGGAGCGCUUAUGAAUUCGAUUUAAGCCAUUUGAUUUUUGCGGUUUCUUUAAAUUUUCGUCAUAAAACUAGAACAAUGAAAACUCCCUGCACUCCGACACAAGCUUAGGCCCAUCGCAGUGCUAGAGUGUGUUUACAUCCGCUUAUGCGCGUUCUUCGUAUAACAUGUAUGUAUGGCUCGGAGCCGGUUUUUUUGACGAAUCGGUUAAAACCGCGGUUUCCCGUUUGGAUUACACGACGCGAACACCAAAGGUGCAACAAUGACAUUUAAUUUGCACCAAAAUUAAUUGUUUAUACGUUUUAUGUACGUGUAGGUAUUUAAAAAUGUAUUAAAAAUUGGCAAUAAUCGAUUAAGAUUAAACGUUUGGAGUUUAUCAACGAUAUAGUUCUAAAUUUAAUAUCACGCAGACACGGUUAAUAAAUACAUCUAUUAUAUAUGUAUAUAUCUAUUAACCGUGGCACGCAGGCACCUAAAAUUUUGGCGCUUUCGUACGAUCUUAUCUUAUUUUGGCGCUUAUGCCUCCCGCCGGCCAUUUGUUAACACUAAAAACCGAAACCGGACAAUUACAAAAACCUUUCUCAAAACAAAAUCUAAAAUAAGUUUAUAAGUUACGUUUCGCAGGUGUUAUACGAAUACGAAUUGAAAACAGCAGAAGAUGUUUUAUUCCGUUGUUUGUUGGCCAUCGGACUCUUGAGUCUUGUUGUGUUACAAUGGGCGUACCUUUCCAACUAAUAUUUAGCGGAUUCCAUGUUUUACUUUUUGGGUGAGAUCGAUUAUUAAUAAUUAGCCUUAGUGGCGUGCUUUGGCCUACAUUUUCGUAAGACGAGUAAGAACUUGCAUAUUAGUUGAUAGGUUUCAGGUUGACAAUUUCACGUGUGGUUCCCUACUGACCCUUAUAAAUAAUAAACCGUCAAUUGACGUACCAGCGGGAUAUUGAGUACGAUUGACCAAAGUCUCCUAAUUCGGCACCGUAUACACAGUCAAUCAUUAAAAUGUGUUAUUUGUUGGAAAUAAAAUGACACAAAAAGCGUCAUUUAAUUAUUAUGUCACGUUUGUUUUGUUCCGAGGUGAAACUUGUGAGAUGAAUGAUUCAAUAUCCGCAGGUUUCGGACUAUAUUAAGGUUAUCAUUUUUAAAAAUAUAUUUGUUUACACCCUAUGUUUACCUAAUGUUUACAUAUAAUAAAUUAUUGUGUAUUUAAAUUUUUGACUUUAUAGAUAUCCAUUUGUGAGAAAACUGGUUACGUGGACUCACUUGAAGAAUUAUUUUCCAGUAUCCCUAGUGAAGACUCACGAUUUGCCUGCCGAUAAAUCGUACAUAUUCGCCACUUAUCCACAUGGUGUUUUCUCUUAUGGAGCAUUAAUAAACUUCGGAACGGACGCUAAUCAAUUCUCUGAAUUAUUUCCCGGCCUCAAAACGUUUAUUAUAUCUUUGGGUUUUCAUUUUAUUAUGCCUUUCAUUCGUGAAAUCGCUAUUGGCGUAGGUGAGUAUGUUAUUAUAAUGCCAAUCAUAUCGUCGGUAAAGCAGUGGCGGAUAAAUGAUUUUUUUCAUGAGGGGAUUAAGGACAAUUGUUUAACAAAUUUAAUUAAAUAUAGCAUAUUUUUUUGUAUAAAUAAAUACCGUGUGUUUACCAUAUGAAGUACCACUUAAUAUUUCAGCUGGAUGGCAUUCGAUUAAAAUGGGGUUUUCGGAAAGUGAACAAGGAAUACCGAAACACACAUUUUCAGACAAAUUUAAAAUUGUUAACACUUUUAGUUUGCUCAUGUACAUUAAAACUUACUUUUUUAAAUGGCAACUAAAAUUUUUUAUUCUACAAAUAUAAUUAUUUUAUAGCUAGGAGAGUUUUUUUCUUAUUAUAAAGUAGUCAAAAUUACAAUAUGUUGAAAUUUAAUAUUUAGAAACAAUCUUUUAAUAAUUAAAUUAUGCCCCCCCCCCGUUUAACUGCCCCGGAGUGGCGGUAAAACAUAUUAUAACAUUUUUUGAUGAACAGUUUUCGCAUUUUUUUUCCCUAGCCGGUUUCAGUUCGGUUCGUAGAGUAUGUUACUGAUAAUUCCAUUAUUAUACGUUUGAUUGCCUCUAAAUUAAUUUAGCACGAUCCAUUGAAAUCGGCUAAGUUUGGUAACGUGACAAAUAUUAAAUAUAAAAAGAGCUGAUACUGGAGACUGAGGUAGUUAUUGUUGUAGGUUGGUAGUUUGGAAGGUGGGUUACAUAAAGUUGUUUAAUUUAUACCUGUUACCAACGAAAAACGAUUCGGAGCGAAGUUCGGUUAAACACGUUUAUGCCGUAAUAUUUACGGUUUUCGCCGAAAUUUGAUUUUAAACCCAUUGAAAGUAAUAAAAGCAUUAUUUUCGUAAAUUUGUCCGUUUUUCCAUCGUUAUUUUUCAGUUUUUUCAAACUAUUAUGAAAACUAAAACAUCAAAGAAUGACCUCUUUAAAGUACUAACUAGAUAAAAUUCCCAUUCAGAAAAGGUGUUGUACUUAAUACAUCGGUACAAGAUUUCUGGUAGAAUUUUAGCACACAGUAUAAAAAAAAUAUAUAAUAAAUAUCAUUGUAAAGCGAAUACAUUCAUCGCUGUAUUCAAUAAAACACAGUAUACUAUAAUUAGAUACAUUAAUUAUACUCGCAAUUUCAGAAAUAUUUUCUUAAUAUAAAAGAACAUGCAGGUCGUAGUUACCUUAUUUAUGGUAAUUUAAUACAAUUGUUUUAUAACUAUAAUUAUGUUUAUUUACGUUUUUAAUCAUUGGUUUUAUAAUUUGUACGAGGAAAGGUUAUUUUGCGCGUUAAAAAAUAUAUUUUGUAGGUAUAUUAUACUGCUUGAAUUACUGGGGCUCGUCUGAAAAAAAUUCUGUAUAUUUAAUAUGUUUCUCCGUCAUCACCCUUGUACCUAUAAUAGUCAAUCGUUGUUACUUGGAAAUUUAUCUGCCAAAAAUGAUGCUCCCUUGUCUGUGACAAUCAAAUUAAAUAUUAAUAAUUGUUUUUUUUUUAUUAUUUUAUUUCAUUCGUGUCACCAAGGUAAUUUAAAUUAACCAAAACAAUUCAAUUUUUUCGUACUAAAAUAUCCAAAAUAAAUCGUGAACUACCCUUUAGGAGUUCUCUCUGAGGAUAAAAAAGUAAAUGGAAAUCUUCUGGUUUUGAUUUUCUAGUCUGUAAUGUUUCAUCAAGAUAGGCAUACAACUGUAGACGUGUAUAGACUAAUAAUUAUAUACAUACAGAAUUUUAUACAAAUACAAAUACAUAUAUAAUUUAUUUUAGAAAUAUUCUGGUUUUUUCAAAAUUUGUGACUGAAAUGUACAUACGAUUUUCAUAAUAAUAAUAAUUAUUAUUAUUAUUGUCUAGAUAAUCAGUUUAAUUAAUUUUUGCUACAGGUAUAAAAGAAUCGUCAGAAAAAUGUUUGAUAAAUAUAUUGGACGGAGAAAAAGGAAAUGUAGCCGUUCUUAUAGUAGGCGGUGUUUCCGAGGCGUUUAAAUCUUAUCCAGGCAAGUAUCGUAUCAUUCUGAAAAGAAGAAGAGGAUUCGUCCGAGUGGCAUUAAAAACCGGGUAUAUCAAAAUUUAUAAUAGUAAAAACAAAAAAAAUCAAGUUAUUAUUAUUUUAUGUUUUAAAACCCUUAUUAUUUUAACUACACGAUAAUAAUAUUAUAUUUUAUACAGGGCGUCGUUAGUACCUGUAUUUUCUUUUGGCGAGACAAACUUGUUCGGCGCAUAUGAAGCGGAACCGAAUUCAUUCUGGGGAAAAGUGAUGAAAUCGAUUAAAUGGAAAGGCGACAAUGUUAUACCAAUAGGACGAGGAUUGUUUCAAUACAGUUUCGGUAUAAUACCCCGUAGACGUCCAAUCGUUACUGUUGGUAAAUAUUUGAAAAUCGCGUUGAAGAUAAUAUACUCAUAUUGAAUCCACAUGUACAAUCCAAACACAAAGUGACAUUGUGAUUUACAAUAAUGUCCCCCGAGCAUGUUGUUAGGCUAAGUACAUAUUAUAACAGGGGCUUCUAAAAUGUUUUGUGUUAUAGAUUUGAGAGUAGGAACAGAGCUGGAUUACAAUCUUAGCCUGAGUAGCACGUUUAUCCGAAACAAUUAUUUUAUCAAAUUCAUUCACUGAUUUUUAGUCUGUGUAUAUUUUUUCAAAAAACAAAAAAAAACCCAGAGAGUGAAUUUCUGGUGGAAAUAUUCAUAAAUUUAUCCAAUAAUGUUCCAGUAGGUAAAAUUUCGGCAUCUUUUAAAAUACGAAACAAUUUUACUAAACGAAAUAUAUUAACUGAAGAAAAAAAAACGUAAAAUCUUAAUAAAGCUAAUAGUUUCUUCGCUACACUUAGAAUCUAAAAAAAAAAUCCGAAAGAAACAAAACAUUAUAGCACCCUUUACCUUAUGGCCCGGAGAAACAACACCCCUAGCCCCACUUCGUCCAGCCCUAAAUAAAAGUAUUGAAAUUCCGUACGCCUAGUUUUAAAACUGUAUAAUUCGGAAGAAGGUGUAUAAUCCAUAUGUAGUUAGGCAUUUACCUUUAUUAUUCACUAUAUUUUUUAGUGGUAACGACUUGAAAUUUGAUGAAAUUAUUUAAAACUACGCUAGAAUUAAUUGUUUGUUCGUUUUAAAUGAUAAAAUAAGAAAUUAAACACCGUAUUUUUAUUUAAUUAUGAAAUUACCGAAUACGAAUAUAAGUAUUCCGACAGGUAGGUUUAUAGGUGAUUCACUUUUAUUUAUACAUACCAUGUUUAUAUAUACACAUAAACCACCAGUUCGAUAACAGAUACAUUUUUAGCGCCUGCCUAUUUGGUCAUAUUAAGAAAUAUUAAAUAACAAAUAACGCUGAAAAAACGUUUACUGCUAUCGCUAAAAACGAAAAAUAACCGUUAAGUUUUUAUUGAUAUGCGGAAAUAAUUCGUUUAAUAAAAAAAAAAUAUAUAUAUAUAUACAUAUAUAAUCAUAUAACCACCGUAUUUACCAUAUAUAUAUAUAUAUGUAUAUUCAAUCGAUAGCAGAUAUAAUUUUGUGACGUUUAAUGGCUCAUAAAAAUGCAUGGAAGUUAUUGUUGUUUUUUUUUUUAAUCCUUAUUAACAUAUUUUCUUUAACAUUCAUAUUAAUUAUAGUGCGCGUUUGUUUGUUUUUUUUAUUUUUUUAUUAUUUUUUGUCGUAAAUUCGUUAGAAUUAUAAUAAUACGUUUCUUUAUGGUAAAUUUAGUACCUAUAAAUAUUAUACACUCACGCAUAUUGCACAAUAAUAAAUUAUAUUCACAUUUUAACCGAAUUGAGAAAUUCGUUAAAUUCUUGUUGAAUUUUCUCCGAAAAUAGAUAUCAUUGUAUUGUGCUUUGAACAUUUAUAGCGGCUUCAUUUGAACCAAUGAAGCCCAAACUCGGGAAUUAAAUUUGUUUUAUAGACGGGUUGAAGUGAUAAAAAUCGAGCUGAGUUUAAAUAUGAAUUUAACAAUGUUUUUACGUGUGGAGAGUGUUUUUGUUUUAACUUUGUUCAUUGCUACAGACUCUCCAAAUAAAUCAAGGGGAACGCAAUUUUGAAUACGUAUGGCGUUUGUAACAAGGGUGUGUUUUUUGGUUUCAACUCCCUAUUGUUUAGUUUUUUUUAAUGGUUUUCGGCUCCUUAAGACGAAACUGCUCAUAGGUGUUUUUAAGAAUCAGUAGAAUACCAUUUAUGUUCAUAAAUAACUUAUCAAUAUAAACAUUUGAUUAUGUCUAGAAAUGUAUAUUAUGGCAUAACCUAAUUUAAUAGGUUAAUUUUUCACCCUGAACUCCAUUUAGAACACGGUAUUGUUUUUCUUUAAAUUUAAUAACUUAUUAAAAUGCGUUAUCAAGUGAACGCAACAGAUACAAUAAUAAAUGAUGUCAUCAUCAUGUCUAUAUUUAUGUAUAUUAGCACUGUAAACAGUCCAAAAUACAACUUCACGUGUUAAUGUAUAGAAGCUUUCAUUUACCUAGGAAGUUUAGUAAUAUUUCUGUCCUACUUAAUUACACCUAGGCAGUAAUAAAGCACGAUGAGAUUAUAAGUUUUUAGCGUGCCGCGUUAAUUAUUCAACAAAAAACUAUAAUUUUCAGUGGGUAAACCAAUUGACUUGCCGAAAAUCGCCAAUCCAAAGGACGAAGAUGUAGACAAGUACCAUCAAAUAUUCACCACAGAGUUGAAUAAUCUUUUCGAAGAACAUAAAACAAAAUAUGCAAAAAACCCCGGCGAGAUGGAAUUAACAGAUUUAUAAAAAAAAAAAAAUAAAAAAAUACAGUACUGUGCGUCGUGAAAAUUUUUCCGAUUUCAAUUUUAU